AUGAAGAAACCAUUUGCUAAUAUUAAUGCACAUGAUCCAGAUGAAUUAUUGUUUUCGUUAGGAACUAUCUUUCGAAUUAAAUCAGUUAAAAUUCUGAGUGAUCAAGUAUGGUCUAUUUGUCUCAUCUACAGCAAACAGGAUGACGAAGAAUUGACUGAAAUAUUAUCGAAACGAUAUGAAGAAGCAAUUGGUGAGCGUGCAACACGAUUAACUUUUGGACAUUUUUUGAAUGUAAUAGGAGAACAAGAGAAGGCUGAACUAUAUAGUAAACUGCUACUACAAGAAUUAGAACAGAGUGAUAUUGAUACGAAAAAUAUCAUCUAUAAUAAUGUUGGACCCGUUUACGCAAUGAAAGGCGACUCAAAAGAAGCACUCAGCUAUUAUCACUACGUAUUAACUUCGGUGAAAUCUGCUUAA